UGGUGACGUCAAGAUGAAUCUUGUGCUCUGAUCGUCUGAGUUGGAUGCGACAUUACAGUCGAUACAUUAUUGACACUAGAAUAAGUGAAUAGUUUGUGUGAAGAUGUCAGUCAGAUGUCUCUCCUCGCUGUUCGUGGUGUUGAUGGUCGUUUCGAUCGGCGCUGUUUCAGGUGCUACUGGUCUGAAAUGUUAUCUGGGCGAUGAAGUUAGUUUUAAACCGAACCCUACACUGUCAUCUGGAAGCACCAUUACCUGGAAAUUCUGGUCUGCUGUUGGGAGUGUGAUUCGAGUGAUUGAAUUUGAUCACGGCGAAUCUACACAUCCUCAUAAUCCUCUCUUUAAAGAGUCCAUAGCAGCAGACAAGUACACUGGGGAACUGACUUUAAAACAUGUUAAGAAAGACCACAGUGGACUCUAUUACUUUGAGAUCAACGGCAAAGAGCAUCAGCAGAAGUUCACAUUACAGGUUAUGGGUUUGCCUCCUAAACUGAAGAUGGUGAAAGAGAGAGAUUCUGUCUCUCUACACAUUGAUGUUACUGAAGAACAGAGAAAUGAGAAGAUACACUGGAAGAUCAAACACAACAACUCUCUUGUAGCUGAAAUCAUUACAGAGAAUAGAAAGAUCUCAACACCUUUUAUUGAAGAGAGAUUCAGAGACAGACUGAAGCUGGAUGAUCAGACUGGAGAUCUCAUCAUCACACACAUGAAGAAUGAAGACUCUGGACAGUAUGAAGCAGAUGUCACCAUCGGCAGCAUCACACACACUAUACACGAGACAUUCAGUUUCACUGACUCAGGUGAGGAGAUCUCUUCAAUAUAAUUAAAGUAUUUUCAUAAAAGUUUCGUCUUACUUUAGAUUAAAGCAUUGUGCAAAGACAAUAUUUCUACAAAGUUAAUUUCAAUAAAUCUGUCACAGUAAUAUUUAAAUACAGUCGAUCAGUAUUUGUUUCACAGUUAGUAAUGUCCUGAAAAUUCAUAUUUACACUUUAACACCUGCUGUGAAUACACAGUAAUGCAUGACAUCAACACAAUCAUUCUGAACAUCAUUCACUUAUUACACCUGACAUAUAUAUAUAUUUUUAAAUAAUGUUUUCUUGCUGUUUGAUUCAUUCAUAGAUCAAAUAAUAUUUAAUGUUGAUUGUAGCAGAACACAUUUACUGAUCAUCAAGACUCAAAGAGUGCGUUUACAUGCACAGUCUUACUCCCAUUAUGUUUAAUAAACUGAUAACAAGUAAGGUCAUGUAAACGUAUAAAACACUUUUCUUUUAUCAGUGAAAGUUCAUAAACUGUGUAAGUGAAACCCGCUCGCCAGAGGUAGUUUUUUGCCCAUUACUCACAUUUCACGCUGCAUGUAAACGCCUUUGCCGGUUUUCUCUCAGUUUUGUUUAUGUCACAUGUCUGACAGUGCAAUAGUAAAAGUCCCAAACUGAAGUAAAAGUAAAGUAACGCAUAAAUGUUCGCUCUCGAAUAGGCCUGCACGAUUAAUCGUUUUUAAACCGAAAUCGCAAUUUGAAGGGGUGCGAUGUUCAAAUCGCAAAAGCUGCGAUUAUUUCGAUUAAAAGGGCUUUAAAUAGGAUAUUGCACCUACGUAGUAUUUGACAGCAAUUUUACGUUUAUCCAAUUGGGAGCAUUUUAACACUUUAGUGAUGCGCGGAUGGCGGUUAUAUCCGUGGGCGCUGUGGAUGGAUGAUCCGCGGGGCGGGUAAUAAAAAAUACAUUCUGAUUAAUUGCGGGUGGGUCGCGUGUGUAUGAUAUCAUAUACAAUAUUAACAAAAUUUAUCAUAAAAUACGAACAUGUUUUAAAUGCAUUUUUAAUCAGGCGCUAAUUUGCAGUAAUUUAAAACAAAUGCGCGCGUGGCGGCGGUACAUUUAGGGUCUAUUUCUUAAAGCAGAAAUGGAGGCAAAACGGAUCCGAGAGGAAUUUAAAAAGGGAGAAUUAAAAACAAAACAAAAGGAAGGAAAGAAAAGUACCGUGUGGGAGCGUUUCAGCGAAGUGGUUUAACGAAUCAAGUGCUGGGUAUGUAAUAUGCAACGACAGUGAGACAGUGUAUAUAUAUGAAAGCCAUAAGACUGGUACCUCUUAUAUGGUACAUCAUGUGUGUGCUAAAUCGAAAGAUUAGAUUUAGGCAUUUACAGACAAAGACAGUGCUAGAAAAUUUACUGAGUAAUUAAAGUAACGAUCGGGUCCGGAUAUCUAUAUCAGAGAAAACUAUACGUGCGGGCGGGUGGAUAAUUUAUCGAAGCAGCGGAUGCGGGUGACAUUUUAGCUUAUCCGCGCAUCUCUACUGUACAUGCUUUGAAUUAGCAAAGAACAUCAUUUGGGAAAGAUGAGCGCGACCGGGAGCAGCAGUUCAAAUUCGCAACAAAGUAACGUUAUGUCUGCUGAAGCGCAAAGUCCUGCAGCAGCAGACGACUUGGUACCUAAAAGAAAAAGCAACGCUUAUGUUUGGAAAGUCCGUGUCGACCUCGCGACACGAUUGCUCACGCGUUUGAAAUAAGCACACUGUACGACACAUUUUCACAAAGGUAGGCCAAAAUAAUAGACGCCAUACAUAACUGUAAUUGUUUACAGUGGGUUUGGGAUCUUAAAAGUUUAAGGUUUUAUUUUUAAUUGUUAAUUUAAGUACUUAAGAUACUGCUGUUAUUCUCUUAAUUUGUCAUGACAUUUUUUGCAUGACAACUUUAUUUAGAAAAAUGGCCAGGUGCUGGAAUUUCUUUUAUAUCGCCCGAAUAUGAAAAUCUGAAAUCUGUCAUGUCAACAUCAUCUUGUGACCCACAACAUCAUAUUUAUGAAUUAAACCAUUUUAUUGCAAGUUAUAGUUUUGUAUUAAUCUGUUCUGGGCUCUAGACUCAUUUUACUGCUUGUCGCACUGCUGUGACUCACUUUCUCAGUUGGUCGCACCCGUUUUUAUAGCAUUAUCAUAAUGACCUUGACCAUACCAUAAUGAACUUCAUUCAAGUUAUUUAUUUGGCAAUAAAAUUAUCUGACACAAAUAUAACUUGUCACUCUUCACAAUCCUUCUUUGUUUCCCUUUCUUUUCUUUCCUGUUGGUUUUCACAGCUGUAGGACAUCAGAAUUUGACAUCAAUGAUCCGUCUGAGAAUCUGUCCUGUGAUGCUUUUAUGCCUCUCUGUCUGCCCAACACCAAAUGAAGUUGAACACACACUUUAGUUUGGAGACAGAGGGAGUGCACAAGCUCUCUGAUCGCUCUUUCCUGCACUUAUCACAAGCGCGUCAUUCACUCAUAAAUCACAUGAAAUGUUCAAAUAAAUCUUUGGCAGGGCAACUCGCACCGAUGCAACCCUGUUGACCUCGCAUGUUAUAAAAAUACGAUCGCAUUUGUGAGCAUUUUGGAGGCAGUCUAGAGUCCUGCUCUCAUAUGUUCUUCAAACAAUCUGUGUCACUGCAUUCAGAAAACUGAAAAUAUGUUUAUAUAUCAGUGCUGACCGCUUGUGUCUGACUCACAUGACACUGUUUUACUAACAGAGUUUUACUAACUCUUUCUCUUUUCCUCUUUCUGUUUGUUCUGUGGGUUUGUCUCUUAAAGUGAAGAUGGUGAA